AUGACAGUCUCCAUUUUCAGCGUGAAGGAACAACUGACCUUCUACGGCGCCUACCAUAACAAUCCCACCAAUGUUCUCAUCCAUAAAUGUUGCGUUCCCCUGCUCCUCUGGUCUUUCCAAGUGCUCAUGGUCACUUGCCCCGUGCCCGCCUUCUUUCCUCCUAUUCACGUCAACAUCAACGAGUAUUUGGCUUUUGACCUCAACUGGGCGACCAUUCAUGCCAUUCUAUACAUCGUUUACUACUUCAUCCUCGAGCCAACAGCCGCCCUGAUUUACAUCCCGCAAAUGACUCUGUCGCUUCUCGCGGCUACGUCGUUUGCACUCAGGUCUAACGGUGUUCCAAUGGCUGUUUGCAUGAACGUAGGUGCCUGGAUUGCGCAGUUCAUUGGGCAUUACGGACCGGAGGGUCGCGCACCCGCAUUGCUGGAUAACAUCGUCGGGGCCCUUGUUCUUGCACCGUUCUUCGUGCACCUCGAGAUACUAUUCAGCUUAGGCUACAAACCGGAAUUGCGCAAGAACAUCCACAACGGUGUUGGUCAGGAAAUCUUGAGGGUCAAGAAGGCUGAGGCUGCGAAGAAAAGGGGAAAAGAGUUGUGA